AGCGCUGCCCGCUUAUUAUGUAACAAUUUUAUGCACUAAGUAAUUCAGCAUGAUCUAAACAUUAAACAAGAAGCCAUACCAUCAUGUCAUCAUCAAAACAAUACUGUAGUUGAGAAUAGAAGAUCAAAUGUUUAUAUAUUUCAACUGUAAACUAAAAGGUAAAUAUAAAUUGUGACAAUUAAAGAUCGUUUGUUUCUGCCUCCGGGAAGUUAAACAAAGUCGACGGCAACAAUGAGGAUAAACAACAAAUUCUUGGACGUCAAUAUCUGAUGCGCAGGCGAUCAAUCAGAGUUUGACACUCGGAACAGUGUAAUGUCUUAGAGUUAAAAAAAAAGAAAAUUAGAACAGUUAUAUUUAUAGUUAUGUUAGGACUAAUAUCGAUUGUGAAUAAUGAAAAGUGAAGAUUGAUAGUGCUAUUAUGAGUGUAUGAAGUGAAACUAUUGACAAUUAAGAGGAAUCUGUGAAUAAUAAUCUUAUUAAAGUGAUGACAGAUAGAGAAGCUGUAAUCAUUGAAGAUAUACAACCAGUUAAAUGUAUAAUAAUAAGAAAUAAUGCCCCAAGUUACAAAUACAGAUCUUUCGAAUCGACUCGCCAUUUAAUAUUUGAAUUCUGUGAAUUGUGACACAGGAGAGAUAACUGUGUAAAUUAAUGAACUGAUGAAUUUGUGAAGCGUUCAAUGUAAAAUCUAAAGGAUGCAAUGUCCACCAAUAUAACGGAUGAUCUCUGUAAAAUAUGUGACGGCAGAAUCGAGUGUGCACCCACUGCUAUACUCCUCAUAUCCCUGGUCCAUACUCUGUUCGGAUACAUCACCGAAGAACCUAAUUACUUUGGUCACAAUAAAGCAGAUUUAAUGAGAGAAACAGAGAAGAGAAAGGACAGGCCGCCGAAAUUCAGGUCACCGUUUAGUCAGUCGUUUCACUUUAAUAAGUAUCAAGAUGAUAAUGGGAAUUCUGAAGAGGAAACGGAGAAGGUUGAGGAAUAUGACUUUAUUGUGGUGGGUGGGGGCACAGCGGGCAGCGUGGUGGCCAGCAGGCUUUCUGAGAAUAGGAAAUGGAAGGUGCUACUGGUGGAGGCAGGACCAGAAGAGCCUAAGAUGGCACUGAUUCCCGCUCUCACCAGCGAGUUCAAAGGUUCAUCGCUAGACUGGCAGUACUCCAUGAGACCGAAGAAAGGAUUUUGUCAGAUUCGUGGUGAUAAAGGCUGUGAAGUAGUCCUAGGGAGGGUGCUCGGAGGUACCUCCUCCAUCAAUGACAUGGCGUAUAUCAGAGGCAGCCCCGCUGACUACGACAUGUGGGCUCUCAACGGUAACGAAGGCUGGGGCUACAGUCAAAUUCUACCAUUCUUCAAAUACUCUGAAGGAAAUUACGAUAAAGACAUAUCCAAAAAUAAACUUUUCCACUCUACCCAAGGCCCACUAGAUAUCGGACGAUAUCCGUAUGUAGAUGAUAAUGUUGACGUGCUUCUCAGCGCAUUAAAUGAACUAGGAUACAAUUACACAGAUGUAAACGGCCGAAAACAAUUGGGUUUCAUGAGAAUACAAACUAUGUCCUACUUUGGUGAAAGAGUCAGUUCUUAUACUGCAUUCAUUGAUCCCAUCAGAAAACUUAGACAUAACCUAGAUAUAGUUACAGAAGCAUUAGCUACUAAAAUUAAUUUUGAAGAUAAAAGAGACACUAUUAAAGCUUUAGGUAUAGAUUAUAUUAAAAAUGGUACAAAAUAUAGAGUGAAAGCUACUAAGGAAGUAAUUUUGAGUGCCGGAGCGAUAAACUCACCAAAACUAUUGAUGCAGUCUGGUAUCGGGCCUAAAGACUAUUUAGAAUAUUUAGAAAUUAAAUCUUAUUCUGACUUACCUGUAGGAGGAAAUUUUCAUGACCAUAUAUCUGUAUGUUUACCGGUAAUUAAGUUAACAAAAACAUCAACUACAUGUAAUUUUCCUGAAAAGCUCCGGGAUAUAACUACCUACUACGCUAAAGGUAUCGGUCCACUAUCAGCUAACUACCAAGUAGUAGCAUUUCUGGAAUCCUCAGUAUCUGAUAUACUCGGUACUCCAGAUAUAGAAAUUAGAUUUAAAGGACACAAUUCCAAUAUGUAUUAUGAUCUAAUUGACAUGUGUAUAAUAUUACUAACGCCGCAAAGUCGCGGUCAAGUAAUCUUAAAUGCAACAGAUCCAAUUUUUGGGAAACCGUUAAUAUAUCCCAAUUUUCUAAAAGACCCUAUUGAUGAGAAGAAACUAUUGGAAGGAAUACAAGAAGCAGUGAAGAUCUUUGACACGGAAGUGUUUAAAAACUCAGGGUUUGAAUUCGACCCAAGACCUAUUCUGAAAAAUGAGUGCAAAAAUCAUGAACGAGUCUCAGCUGAUUUCUGGUCAUGUAUCAUAAAACAUUUUUCUACUCCUUUACACAACUAUGUUGGAACUUGUAAAAUGGGUACAUCAAAAGACCCUGAGUCUGUAGUGGAUGAAAAUUUAAAGCUAUAUGGAAGUGCAAACUUGAGAAUUGUGGACGCAUCAAUAAUGCCAAAGAUAACAAGGGGAUCGACAGCAGCUCCUGUCAUCAUGAUAGCUGAAAAAGCCAGUGAUUUAAUUAAAACAGCUUGGUACUGAUAUGGCCUUUAAUUUAUUACA